AUGCAAACUGAAAUCCAGGUGGAGGGAGUAUCUGCCCAUGAGGUGAAGUUUGCUUUGGAGAGGGAAGUCACUUUGGUGGACGUACGAGUCCCCAGCGAAUUCGCAAAAGCCCACAUUCCUGGAGCCAAGAACGUUCCCGUCUACCAGUCCAUCAGAGGCUGGACACCAUGGAAGAUCCUUCGCCGGACAGGCUUUGCGCUGUUUGGGGUGUUCAAUGCCACAGAGCCCAAUGUCAAUUUUACGGCGGAGCUGGCCAGCGCCGUGGGAGGUGACCCGGCCACGCAGGUGAUCCUGGUGUGCAACAGCAAGGGAGACAUGUCCCGGCCGCCGCCGCCCAACAAUGCAGAGCUGUGGCAUGAGGUGUACCAGAGCAGGUCCUUGAUUGCAGCCUACCUGGCGACGGUUGAUGGUUUCACAAACAUUUCGGUACUGCGCACAGGCUUCAAGGCCUGGCAGAGAGAUGGCAGACCCGUUGCAAAGCUCUCUUGA